GGGAGGAAAAACGCCGCGCGGAUGAGAGAGUAACCCCGUGUGUGGUCAGACGGCACGACCGGCACCGUGUCGCUUAACGAGAUUAAACGAGAAGAUACGAGAGAAUUAACCAAUGAAGGAAAAUUCAAUGAAUUAGUUGAAAAUUAAUUGUUAAUGUGAAAUGUGAAUGUUAGCGUUGAGCUCAGUGUCCAUGACUUAUUGUGAUUUUCAUUGUCAGACUCAGAAGUUUCAUUGUUCUGCAAGACUCUUGGGGUGAUAUCUCCAUUGUGCAUUGAUAUUGAUACAUAUCACAUAGGGAUUAGAUAUUCAAGUGCCAGUAUAUGGAGUAAUUAUUCAAUUAUCACCAUUGUUGGAGAUUUUUAGAGAGACGAGACUUUUUUUUUAUUCAAUUGUGAAGAUAUUGGAAAUGACGGAGUGCACGAUUCGGUGAAUUCUAUUCACCUUUAUCCCUAGUGUUUUAACCAUUUUUAGUGUUUUUUGUUAAAGACGAGAGAGAGAGAGAGAGAGGGUAGACGUCAAAAUGGAUUUGGGAAAAAUGAAGCUGCCAGAGUUGCCGGAUAGGGAGAAGAGAUUGGAGCUUUUCGGCAAGUUCAUAAGAACAAAGAAAAUAGAACACCUCCAGGGGGAACAGGCACGGCAUGGAACUGAGCCAGUACAUCCCCCAGAUUCCAAACAAAAAUUACAGAAGUGCCUGACAACCCUAGACCUAACGUCCCUAGGUGUUGGGUCAUGCGUUGGUACAGGCAUGUACCUGGUGGCUGGAAUGGUGGCACGUAGUGUCGCCGGACCAGGCGUCAUCAUCUCGUUCAUUAUCGCAGCAAUGGCAUCAAUUUUCUCUGGUGCGUGUUACGCUGAAUUUGGUGUUAGAGUACCCCAUACAACCGGCAGUGCGUAUAUGUACAGUUACGUGACUGUAGGUGAGUUAAUAGCAUUCAUAAUUGGAUGGAACAUGGUGCUUGAGUACCUCAUCGGUACCAGUGCGUGUGCCUGCGCCCUUAGCGCUUGUCUGGACGCCCUUGCGAAUGGGGCGGUUUCCGGUGCGAUAAGCAACAGCGUUGGAACAUUUUUUGGUCGACCACCGGAUUUUCUCGCUUUCGUAAUAACCCUCCUGAUGAUGAUGCUGAUGGCAGCGGGUGUGAAGAAAUCCCUCAUCUUCAACAAUGUCUUAAACGCCAUAAACUUAUCGGUCUGGGUAUUUAUUAUGACUGCCGGAUUAUUCUAUGUCGACUCAACCAAUUGGUCAGAGCACAAGGGAUUUCUACCCUUCGGAUGGAGCGGGGUGUUUACUGGGGCUGCAACUUGUUUCUAUGCAUUCAUUGGAUUUGACAUAAUAGCAACGACUGGUGAGGAAGCGACAAAUCCAAAGAAGAGUAUCCCAUUAGCAAUUGUCUCUUCUCUUGCUAUUAUUCUCAUCGCCUAUGUGUCAAGCAGCAUGAUGUUGACGUUAAUUGUUCCUUAUGAUGAAGUAGACCAAGACUCUGCACUAGUAGAGAUGUUUGGCCAAGUAGGUGCAUACAAAUGUAAAUAUAUCGUGGCAGUGGGAGCCCUAGCCGGCUUGACAGUAUCAAUGUUUGGCAGUAUGUUUCCCAUGCCUAGGAUAGUAUACGCAAUGGCACAGGAUGGCCUCAUAUUCCGUAUGUUCAGCCAAAUUUGGCCAACCACUGGAACACCAGCACUAGCCACACUGACAUCCGGAUUAGCUGCUGCGUUGGCGGCACUUCUCAUUAAAUUGGAAGUCCUAGUGGAAAUGAUGUCUAUUGGUACAUUGCUGGCCUACACUCUCGUAUCAACAUGUGUUUUAAUUCUACGUUAUCAACCCCACUCAACGAAUCUCAUUGAACUUCUGCCCCAGAGUCUACGUACACCAUGCAGGUCACCGACUAAAGAAACUCAAGUCAAUGGUCAAGCUCCCUAUGGCAAAGAAUUGAGACCGGAUCAGCUUACUAUUGCCCUUAACACUGUUCAAACGACACAAACGGAAAUAACGACUAACAGUAAUGGACAACGUGUUACCGUGCGACGUGUGAGACGAGCCAAUAGUUCAUCACCCGAUUCGGAUGACACUUACGGGGGUGAAGAAGACGAUGUCGGUUUAGGAAAAGACGAUCAGUAUUUAGUCAGUGAUAGAACGGAAAAUAAAUUUUAUGGUAGUGUUCAUGCAGCAGCAGCCUCAUCAACGUGUGGUAGUGCCCAUCAAUAUCCUGGUACCACACCAAUUAUCGGUCCACCACUCAACUACCUUCAACGACGUCUUCAGGCAGCACAGUAUCUCUGUCCAGCAAUUUUCCCUUGGGUAGACAGGGGACCAGCAACCGAGGCGUCUGGUCGUUAUGUCAUGAAGAUGGUGGGAAUAUUAUAUCUGCUAAUUCUGAUAUUUGAUUUCAUCAUCGUCUGUGGAAUGGGCGGCAUGGGAACAUUCAUGACCAUUGUCAUGUUUUUAUUUUUAUUCGCUAUUAUUGGAGUUCUUCUCGCAAUAAGCAGAAAGCCACAGAAUAGAAACACCAUUAUGUUUAUGACACCGGGACUUCCCUUCGUGCCCGCGAUAGCAGUUACUGUUAACAUUUACCUCAUAUUCAACUUGAGUAUAUUGACACUGGUGAGAUUCACAAUAUGGAUGAUACUCGGUUUCAUAAUGUAUUUCUACUAUGGUAUAAAAAAUAGCAGUCUAGAGACUGAAUCGGAGGAUGGCCCAGUAGAUUCCAGUAAUGCUGGUAAUAUAGAGUUGAAAAUUACCGAGCAUCCGGGUGCUUCACCAUCCCAACAUUAUGCCAAUCAGGAUCGUAGUAUUUACGAGGGCCAGCAAUUGGAUGCAUUUGGCCAGCCCGUAUUUGGCAACACUAAUUUUGGUGGUGCAUCUGUGCAUGGAAGUACAACAGCCCAAACACAUACAACAAAUACUAAAACAAAUCCACUCUUUGUUGCCCAGAAUGAUUUUCCAUCCUGGGAUGAUUGAGUGUACUCUGUUAUGAGGGCUGUACGCGAAUGAGAGUGCGAAAUUUAUGGAAAUGAAUGAAAAUGAAAAAUAAUUAAACAAUGAAGAGAGAAGAGCAUGUAGCGCACGCAGCACGCACGCACGUACAUAAAACGCACGUCAGGAAAUAUGAUGAAAAAUAAUACUAGCGGAGAGUGGGGCAAAAUGGAGUAGUUGAAAAAUAACUGCUUGACCCAAUUCAGGAAAAAUAAUCUUUCUCUAUCAAGCUAUAUUAAUAUUUUUAAUUACUGAUGAGAAUCGGAAUUUUUUGUUCAGUAAAACUGGAGCUGCAGUGCGAAAAAACUUGUGUUAUUCCAACGCAUUUAUAUUUAUCUCUCUCAAAUUCGGAAUGAAAUUCAUUCUCAUUUGCCAUGUCGGGAGUGACAGGGAUAUUAGAGAAAAGUAAUUGUCGAGAGAUUGUUGAUUAAAAUAUUAGGAGGAAAAAGUAUGGGAAAUUUUUCUAAGGAUAUGAAGAGCUCAGAUCAUCGAAACAUAGCACAUUUCUCGGCACCCCAUGUCUUUUUCAUUACUUAACAAACGGUCAUUUUCAUCAGUAGUCAUAAUGAUAAACAAAGUUGAUAGUAAAAAUUUUUUUCAUUUGAAUUGCAUCAGAGCUAGCCAAUUUUCGACUGUUUCAUGAGCCUUGCUGUCCCCUAUUCAAAGAAAUAUAAAUGACCCUGGGCAAAUGUUUAAUGAUACUAGAGGAUGAUACUACGAUAACGAAGAUUAAUUAGAAAACUAUACUUUCGAUUGAUUUAGGAUAUCAAGUGCAUAUCUACGCAAUUCAUUAAUUCAUCCGGCAACUUCCAUCCAUCAAACAAAGUUUAGAGAAACCGAAAUGUUGAAAAUGAUACUUAUUAUUGAAAAUAAAUCAAUAUAUUGCCAAUUUUCUUGCAUUGUAAGUUUAUCAGAGCCGAUAUAGUUAUUGCUGAUUAUUAUAUAUGAAUGACAACAAAAUAUAUAUUUUAUUCUCUCGUCUCGUCCUCAUUGAUCGAAUACUUAAUGAUACUGAUGUUGAAGAAUGCGUGAUAUCUGAAGUUAAACAAGUUAGAGAGAUCCCUAAUAUUGGAGGAAUUUUAAUGAAUCUUGUUCUGCCUAAGCCUAGUCUUUCCCAAGUGGAGUCCAUCAACUACAUUAAAAAAGACAUUAUAAUCUCAUUGUUAAUCAUCUGUAAUCUUUGCCAAUGUCUCGACGUCGAAUUUCAAUAAUGAAUAUUCGAUGUGUCUGUGUAAGAACUAAAGGAAUUUUCAACAAAAAAAAUGUGAGAAUUUGCUGUGGGUAAAUUUUUUCUACAUGAAAAACACCAUUAAUAGUUAUUUUACUCAUAGAAAACAUUAUCUUCAUUAGGGUGAAAGACACCAAAUGAUAUAAUUUUCAUAUUUUCAAUCUCUGUGAAAAUUCUUCUCAUUCUUGUGCUUAUAGUCACAAAUAAUUAAUAGUUUCAUAACUAUGAAUUACCUGGUUACAACUGGAGCGUAUAAAAUAAACGAAAGGGAAAAUUAUAUCUAGAUAUAAAUACUGUCGGCAGGUACGAUAGUAUAAAUUUGCCAUUUGACUUAUCCCUCAGUUGCUUGAAUCUGCCAGGAAUGACGCUGGAAGUGUGUGCGAAUAUACCAAUAAUCCCAUAACCAUAAACGUAUACAUUUAAAAUCAAUAGUGGUAUAAUAAUAUAUUGCGAUAUACUGCAAUCGUUGACGAUUUGCACUGUCGAAAACAAACAAAUGAAUAAUGAGAGACACCACUGUACGUCGUAUGCAAUAGAUAAAUCAUUACUCCAGAGAUGGAUGAGCCCUGACCCAAAAUUGUGACGAAUAUACAAUGACAUACUAUUCAAUCAAUUGUAAUCAUCAUUGGUCAGUGAAUCAUGAAAACAAUGAAUAGCAUUUAGAGAAAUGAAACAUGAGACAAAACUAUUAUUCUGUGAAAGAACAGUGCCUGCACCCCAGACGCUAGUUGAAUAUUAGAUUCUAUCGUUCUUCAAAUGAAAUUUCUGAAAAUUGAGUGCAACUUUGAAAGAACAAAAUCCAUUGUUUUAUGAUUAACCAAUGAUUAUACUUCAUUUUUUAAAUGAGAGCGAUUGCUAUAUCCAUUGGCAAAAUUAGAAAUUAAGAGAUAGAGAGAAGAAAUUACGCUGAAGAAAAAAAGUUUUUUUGAGAAGCACAGUUUUACUAGAAUUUGAAAAAUCAUCACUUGAAAUCUACCCAAUGUAUCCUCCCUUAUAUUGAAAAAAAAAAUCUUAGGCAAAGGAAUUUUGUAUUUUUUCCAAAUUUGAGAGCAAUUAAUUUGCAUCAUGAAAACUAAUCCUCAAAUUCCUUCAAGUUAGAUUCAAAAUAGGUGUUAAAAUAUUUUUUAAUUAAGCCAAAAAAACACUAUUGUUUUUUGUGUUUACGAAAUGAUAUUUCGCUUUAGGACGGUAUUCCUUGGUAGGAUUUUUUUUAUUAGCGCAAGAUAUUGUGUUGAAAAUUUUCAAGCGAUGAGAUGGUAAACCCGUACGUCUGAAGAAUCUUUUGUUUUUCUCAAUGUAAAUUGAAGGAAAAAAAUGUUGCUUUUUUAGUUAGACUUUCAAAUUUUUAGAUAGGAGGACAAGGGCCUAUUUAACGUAAUACGCGAGUACACAGGGUGUUAUGGGUUGACUGAAUGGCGAAUGACUGGAUAAAGCGGAAAAUAUUAACCAAUAGGAGAUGCAGUAAUUUCCAUAACGUUGUGAUUUUCCAUCCACAUUCAUGAAAAAUGGUAUGCGUGCGUGUGUGCUUCCCUAUAUUCAACUGUAAACUCGCAAGAAAAAAAAAAAUUUUAAUCUUUUGUCGUGAUUAUGAAAAUGAGAAAUCAUAAAAAUACGAAAAUUUUAAAAACAUAACAAUUUCCACGAGUUACGGAAUGACAACCAUCUUCCAGUCAUUGUAUGUUAAAUGACAAACUACAGAAAUACCAUUCUCUAAACUUUGGAUCUCAGACACACACAAUUGUGUGCCAGUUAUUAUCGUUACUAUAUGUAUAGUCUGACGUAUAGCGUACCACAAGAAGUGAAGAAUAAAUAAGUGAUGAAGAAAAUUAAAAUUUGACAAAGGCAACUAGAUAUUUAAUAUUAAUUGAAUUACCUCAGUUUUCACUGAGUUAAAUUAGUUGUUGCUCCCGUACAUCACAUUUUUAUUUUCCAUUUAUUUGUAUUUUACUUAGUUUAUCACUAGGGGAGCUCAGCUCGGAAUGGUCCAAAUUUUUGGUAUGAAUACGAUAAAAAAAAAAGAAACAGAAUGAUUGGAAUUACUGAAUUUUUCCAUGUAAAAUAUAUACCCCUCCGUAUAAAUUACGUUAUUUAAUAUCGAUAAGGAUCAAAAAUAAAAAGUGAUUAUUCGAAAUGAAAAAUC